AUGAUGAAUUUAUCAAAUUAUAAACCUUGUUUAAAUCAAAUGCGAACGAUUAUUGAAGAUCAUGAUAAUCGAUUCUAUCGUUAUCGUCAUCGUUUGUAUAUGAUAAUAUUAAUUAUUUUGAUGUUGCGUAUAUGUUUGGGUUUAUUAUCAUAUCAUAUAACAUUUCUGUUGGAUUUAUGGUUAAACGAUCCAAUAAAUUAUUUUAUUUAUAAUUUACAUUCAAAACUUUAUACAAAUUAUAUGAUAUUGUUAUUGCUUGUAUUUGUGUUAGGAAUACAAGUACAAUAUUCAUUUCAUUUUAAAACAAUCGAUAAUGUUUCAUUUAUGAUUAUCUAUGAAAUUUCUGUUAAAACAUGGCAACAUUAUUGUGAAUGUAGAUUAUCUCCUACUGAACAAAUGAAAAAAUUUCAAGAUUUUUUAAAAAAACAAAAUAAUGAUCAUCAAUCAAAACAAUUAUCUCGAUCUAAAUCAUCUCAAUCAUCAUCAUCAUUAAUGUCGAUCAAUAUAUUUGGUCCAAUUAUGAAUCGUUAUAAUUAUCUAUUGAAUCGUAUUAGAUUUCAAUUAUUUUUCAAUCAUGUUGAUAAACAGAAAUUAGAAUCACAACAAUUUCAAACAAUUCAAGCAACUGUUUCAUGGCAAUGUCGUGCAACAUUAUUGAUCAUACAGACAUCGUUUGAAUAUAUUUAUUGUUUAAUUAUAACUUUAUCCGCUAUUAUAUUGAUUGGUUUUCCUAUUCAAUAUUAUCAUUCAGCAAAUGUUUCAUUUCAAUUUAAUCAUUGGAAUCGUACACCAUGGUUCUUGUUGGAUUCGUUGAUAAUAAUUUAUUCAUUGUUGAUUAUAAUAAAAUCAUUUACAUUUGCUGUUUAUUGUAUACUAAUGUUUUUCGUAAUUCAUUGGUUUGAAGCUGAUCGUAUGAAACAAUGUUUGCUACAAGCCGCUCAAGAAUGUCGACUAAUUAAUCGAAAUUUUUGCUAUUCGAAUCGAUCAAGAUCACGAAUUUAUUAUCGAUUAAAUGAUUUGCGAAAAAUUUUUCAUGAAUUUCAUCAAAUCAUUAUACUCUAUCGUUUGGCUUAUUACGAAGUAUGGGGUCAGGUUUCAUUUGUUUAUCUUAUUAUAAGUAUUCCAUUGAAUGGUAUUUGUUUUCUCACUUUAAAUCGACCUGAUUUAUUAUAUGAACAAAAAUUGGCAAUAUUUCUUAUGUUUAUUUGUCAUAGUUUAAGUAUAACAAUAUUUUUGUUCGGAACGGCAAUGCAAACUGAAACAUUACAUAUGCUUUCCAAAUAUUUGGUACCUAUUAUUCAAUCAAUGGAUGUGAAACGAAAUCUUUUAAUUAAAUUUAAAUUCGAAGAUUGGUUUAAACGUUUAUUGAUCGGACCAAAAUAUGGUCCAAAUUUAACAUUGGUCGGUGCAUUAACAUAUAAAACUAUUCUUAGGGCAACCAUCAUUUAUGUUGGAUUUUUAAUCUACAUUUUGGAUCAUUUUCAAAAUGUUUAUUUAUUGUCAUGAUUUAUUCACUUGAUUGUAAUACAAGUUAACAUUCUUGGU